AUGGGCAGCUUCUUCUCACACCCUACCGGAAUGGAAGUGGUAAAAAAGAACCAAGAGUACAUUUCCGAGAUGAACAAAAUAAAGAUGGAACGCUGGAUACAGAUGCACUAUCAGAUGAAAGAGCGCGAAACUGCGAUGCAGAUCUCCCGGGCACGUGAACUAUUUUACUGGCUAGCCUCGUUCUAUGUCGUCUCGACUGCCGGACUAAUGGGUCGCUUUCGCACAACAAAACGUCCGGGAACCCUCGCUCCUAUUGUGCCCCUUUCGUUUAUCGUCGCCUACUAUGCCGAUCUUGCAUAUGGCACCAAAAUACAUCGAAUACAAGCGGAAGCGGAAAUGAUUAUGCACAAUGAGCCGGAGCUGCUUGAAUGGCCGAGCGGACUGCCGACAGUAUCGGAGAUCGAUUCAGCACGUCUCGAAAUCGACGAUAAAAUACGUCUUCACCCGCAUCAGCUUUAA